CUUUGGAGCUACUUUGUUUAACAUAGUUAUAUAGUAGUGACAUUUGCAUGAAUUAACUUUAAUAUGCUGACCAUAUGCAGGUUGUUUUCAGUUCUACUACAUAUAUCAAAAUUUUGUUCUUUGCCUGGUCAAUAUACCUCAUGUUUUUAAUGGUUAAUUCUUUCUUUUUAUGUGGUGUCAUAGCCACUUCUAGAUUCCUUUUGUUCUAGUGGUUUUACAUACAUGUUUCUUGGCUGAUGACUCUGUUUUUUCUUGGAUCUACUUGAGACUUGCUUUGGUUCCUUUAAAGAGCCAAUGAAAAUUUUAUUAUGAACAUUGCUUUUGUUGGAAAAUGCUUCAGCAUAUAAACUUUUUAUGCAUCCAAUGAUAACCAAGGAAGGAUCCUACUAAGGAGUUUCAUGACAAUCCUCACCUUUUGCAUCAUUAUAUCGAUCAAUGAUUGAUCUGAAUUCUUUUCCUCUGUUCAUUUAGUGCUAACAUUGAUCUAAAUUCUUUUCAUCUGUGUAUCCAGUACUAUACUAACAUUGUUUCACCAGUCUUUAUUUAGUGAUGGUAAAGUUUACAGUUCAUUACUUUGAUGAAUUUCCUGCCAAUAUGAAUACCUUAGUCAAUAAACCAUUAUCUCCAACAAAAGUAAAUUAGGGAAAAAGAAAAGAAAAGAACAAGAAAAGAGAAUAAAAGUAGAAAAAGGAAUACACUCAAUACAAUGUCUUCCUAUAUUCCUCUGCUUUUUAUAUCUUGAGAAUCUUUUGCCUCUCUUUACCACCCUUGUCCCAAAAUCAUCACUGAAACUCCCUUUGUUUUACUUACUCUUUAAGCCUUCCAGGCUCUGAUUUUCUUUAACAGUUGCUCUUAUAUAGUGUUAACCUAAAUUAGAAUUACUUCUCUUCAGAUCAAACGGCGUCUUGUUAAAUGAAUAACAGUUAUGGGAUCUUUGGAUAGCACGGAAACUCUGGUUCCUUAUAUGAAAACCACGGAUUGCUCCCAGGGUUUUUGUAGUUCAUACUGUCCCCAGUGGUGCUAUGUUAUUUUUCCUCCACCGCCCUUUGUAUUCUCCGAUGAAAAUUCAAGCCCGAGCUUUUCACCUCUUGUUGUAGCAAUUAUUGGGAUUCUUGCAAGUGCUUUCCUCCUUGUUAGCUACUAUGCCAUAGUUUCCAAGUUCUGUGGGAGCAUGGAUUCCACAAGAAGAGAAAUACAUAACUACCCUAGUGUGGAUUUAGAAGGGAAUUAUGGCCCGUCAAACCAUGAACCCUGGCAUGUUUCCGGUGAUGGUUUAGAUGAGGUUAUGAUCAAGUCUAUUACCGUGUUCGAGUACAAGAAAGGUGAUGGUUUGAUUGAAGGAACAGAGUGCUCUGUAUGUUUAAGUGAGUUUCAAGAAAGUGAAAACUUGAGGCUUUUACCAAAAUGUAGCCAUGCUUUUCAUGUCAAGUGCAUUGAUACCUGGCUGAGAGCACACUCAAACUGUCCUCUUUGCCGCGGCGAUGUUGUUAAUCUCAGUACUUUGACCCUUCAGCCACCUCUACCAGUGCCAGAAGCUCCUAUGAACCCUGGAAUAUAUUUUCAAGGCCAUAGAGAAACUGAUAUAGCAGAGGCUGAUGUCGCGGAAGAAGAACUUACUGAAGCUGAUGAAAUCCCGAAGACUCCAGCUAGAGCUGACAGGGAUUUAGGAAAUCCUGCAGAUGGAGAUCCUAUACCUGAGACUGGAGAAGCUGAAUAUCAACAAAUCAGAAGAUCGGUAUCUAUGAGCAACCUAUGUCAAGCCCGGGUUUCUAUAGCAGAUGUUAUGUGCAUGGAUCAAGAUGAAGAGGAUAGUGAGUUCAUGAGCGAGGAUGCCGGAUCGUCGAUAGCUGAAUGAGCCAGAUUAGCCAUAGAAACCAAGUUUUGCAUAGUGUCGAAAGUCCUAAUGCAAUGAAAAGACCAUUUUCCAGCUAGAGAUUCUCUUUUCCUAAACACGGUAGAGAGAAAAGCAUAGUCUUGAGCUUAUAGCAUUCCUGUAGCUCUUGUGGAUGAAUGAUGAAACAUUCAUUAGUCUCGGAAGCAUAGAGUUUUACAGUUAUUUAUGUUUGGAUUGAAUUAUCAAAAAGCCCAAACACAUAUAAGCCCAUUAAAAUACUUUCUAAGCGAUUCUAGUUUAAGUUUCUAUUGUUCCAUGUGGGCAUAAAUAUAUGAUUGAGUGGUCCAUUUAGGUGGGCCACGAUGCGCGAUGCAACUUAUCACAAUUGUACCCAACCAAUGAUGUGCAACUAAUGAGCCCAAUAAAGCGCAUCUCUUGCAGAGGUUUUUCCUUUA